GCCCGAAGUCAACUUCGUCUCGGCCGUUUCCGUCGGUUUUUCCUCGCUUGUAAUACGAGUCUUUGUGUUUACGCGGCGAGGAGCGCGUCCGCGCUAAACUGUCUGGAAUGCAAAGUAAAAAGCGGACCUUUGUGGGGAGGGAGGGUGUGAGCGAAGAGAAGAGAAGAAAAGGACUCCGGAUGUUGAAAGCAUGCGGAGGGAGAGGGAAACGCGCUCGCGGCCUGGCACAGACGUCGGGAAGCCAUGCAGACGGGAGCGUCCGCAUUGCCCCCCCUCAUUGAUUAUUAUAUGAAAACAUAGUGCCCCCCACGCCCCUCUCCUCUAUGCUCCCCCUUUCUGCUUCCCGUUGAGUGAUCAGCUGAUGAAGAGACUAGCAGCUCGCUGCUAUGCGGGCUUGCUAAUUCUCUCCCCCGCCGCUGCCGUCGCCGCGCUGGAUCCUGCAGACCGCACUCAGCCGGAAACCGGCGGGAAGAUGGAGGAAGACAGCGGCGGUCUGAAGAAGCGCAAACACGCCGAACCGUGCGACAAGGAUCCGCCGCCGGCGGUAGAGGCCGCACACGACACUCCUGGCGAACAAGUCAAACGGAAACGAGGGCGACCGCCCGCCGAGAAGCUCCCUCCGAAUCCACCUGAGCUCACUCGGCAACUGAGCACGCUGGUGGACAUGGUGGUCAACUACAAGGACGGUUUGGGUCGCCAGAUCAGCAAAGGUUUUGUCCAGCUCCCCUCCAGGAAGGAAGCCCCGGAGUAUUACGAGUUGAUCCGAAAGCCAGUGGACUUCCGACGCAUCAGGGAGCGGGUACGAAAUCACAAGUACAGAAGUGUGGGAGACCUUCAGAAGGAUAUUUUCCUACUGUGUCACAACGCACAAACCUACAACUUGGAAGGAUCGCAGAUCUACGAGGACUCCAUCGUCAUCAAGUCGGUCUUCGAGAGCGCCCGACUUCGAAUCGUGACCAACAAGGAGCCCGAGCAGACGGUCGCCACCCACAGUGACAAUGGUGGUGCCGCCGAACACCCGUUAGGAGCACUGGAAAACGAGGAGAAGAAUCGAAAUUUCACAGCAAUGAGGCCUUUAUACCAAGACCAGGAUGCCGAGGAAAACGCCUCCAAGGAUUAAGGUUGAACUGUUGUUUGGGAAGAUAUUUUUAGAUGAAAACAUUUUGAAGGCUUCACCCAACUAAAAAAAAAAAUCUUAUUUGUGGGACGACUAAAAAAAAAAAUACUACCCACAAUGUUUUUUUUUUUUUUUUUCAACUUUCAUGUAGCAACAUGUUAAGAAGCGUCCAUUUCUUGGUCUUCAGAAACAGACUACGAUUGCGAUGGACGGCCAAUCGGUUUGAACUCCUAAGUGGAUCGGCCAUCCUUUGCCGUCAAAGCCACUGAAAUGAUCUGAACUUCUUGAUAAGUGAUUCAUUAGUGUUUUCUCGGCGAAACGGUUCUCUCAUUCUCUUGUUGUUUACCAUUCAUCUGCUGCAGAUAUGAUGUAAAACAAACAAAAACAUGCUUUAAGGACUGUUUUUACUGUGUAUGAAAUAUAUUUAAUGGGCUGGUGAAACCAUAUGGACUUAAGUACUGGGACUCGUGCCACCUACUGGAAGAUCUCGCCGGAACGUCUCAAUAUUUUUGUCUACAUCGACAAGCUUUAGAUGUGUGAGAAUGCGGAACUUGAUCUUUUUUUCUAGAGGAGUUUUUCUCUUUGGACUCUGAAUGUGAAUACUGCGCAGAUACAUCUUGUACACAUUGUAUGUGAAGCGCGUUGUCGGCGACGACAAUCCCUGGAACAUGUACUGUAUCUAUUCAACUUUACUGUUAAUACAUUUUGUCAAAAACC